AAGACGAUGACGACCCCGAUCCCCUCCCCGCCCGCGCUCCCGUUCCUCGGGCACAUCGCGACGCUCGACCGCGACAUCCCGCAGAAGACGUUCGACCUGCUCGCGGACCAGUACGGCGAGAUCUACCAGCUGAACCUCAUCACGCGCCAGAGCAUCCUGCUGGCGUCGUACGAGAUGCAGAACGAGCUGUCGAACGAGAAGCGCUUCGAGAAGGCCGUCGUCGGCGCGCUCGAGCAGGUGCGGAACGGCAUGGGCGACGGGCUCUUCACGGCCUACCCUGGCGAGGAGAACUGGGGCAUCGCGCACAGGCUGCUGAUGCCCGCGUUCAGCACGGCGAAAGUGCGCGACAUGUUCGGGGACAUGACCGACAUCGCGUCGCAGAUGUUGACCAAAUGGGAGAGGUUCGGACCGCGGCACGUCAUCGACCCGUCCGAGGACUUCACGCGGCUCGCGUUCGACACGAUCACGCUGUGCGCGAUGUCGUACCGUUUGAACACGUUCUACUCGGAACACACGCACCCCUUCGUGCAAGCGAUGGCGGACUUCCUCGCGGAGAGCGGGCGGCGCGCGAACCGGCCGCCGCUCAUGAACACGUUCAUGCGCGGCUCGAGCGCGAAGUACGAGGAGGACAUGAAGACCAUGAAUACACUAGUGUUACAACUAAUCGAGGAACACAAGAAGCACCCGUCAGAGAAGCAGGAUCUGCUGAGCAUCAUGCUGAAUGGGGUUGACCAGAAGACCGGGCAGCGUCUGUCUGACGAGAGCAUCCGCCAAAAUCUACUCACGUUCCUCAUCGCUGGUCAUGAAACGACAUCUGGACUACUGACAUUCACGCUCUACUACCUCUGCAAGCACCCCGAAGCGAUGCGUAAGCUGCGCGAGGAGGUCGACGAAGUGCUCGGCGACCAGCCCAUGCAGCUUGACGAUGUCGGCAAGCUCAAGUAUGUAGCCGCUUGUCUGCGGGAGGCGUUGCGCCUGAGCCCCCCAGCGACGAUUCGCGUCGUGCGGUCCCUGGAGGACACGACGAUUGGGGGCGGGAAGUACGCGAUUCAGAAGGGCGCGGUGCUAGCGAUGCUUACGGCGAAGUGCCAGAUGGAUCCGAAAGUCUGGGGAGAAGACGCUCGCGAGUUCAAGCCCGAGAGGAUGUACGGGGAGAACUUCGAGAAGCUGCCGCCCAACGCAUGGCAGCCGUUCGGGUAUGGCAUGCGCGCGUGUAUUGGCCGACCCUUCGCCUGGCAAGAAGCCCACAUUGCGCUCGCGUCCGUCAUCCAGAAAUUCGACAUCGUGAUGCACGACCCGUCGUACACUCUCGAGCUCAAGCAGACGAUGACGAUCAAGCCGAAAGGCUUCUACAUCCACGCGAUCCCGCGCAACCGCUCACCCUCACCCGUCCCUGUGUCGUUGUCGUCGCCGCUCGUCGAUGCGCCGCAUAUGCCUCACUCAAGAGAGGGCUCUAGCGAGGUUUCGGGCACUCAUGCUGAGCCGAAGCAGAAGUUGUAUGUCGUGUAUGGCUCGAAUACGGGUACGUCGCAGACGUUCGCGCAGCGGAUCGCGAGCGAUGCGCCUUCUCAUGGCUUCAAGGCGACGCUGGGCAUACUCGACUCCAUCGUCGAACAUGUGCCUACUGACGGUCCACUCAUUAUCGUCACCGCAUCCUUUGAAGGUGAGCCCGCGGACAACGCCGCUCACUUCUUCGAAUGGAUGCAGAACACCAAGGGUAAGGAGAUGGAGAACGUUAAGUAUGCUGUGUUCGGGUGCGGCAACCGCGACUGGGUGCGGACCUACCAGAAGGUGCCCAAGAUCAUCGACGCUACCCUCGAAGCGCGCGGAGGCAGGCGGUUGUACGAGCGUGGUGAAGGCGACGCUCAAGCAGCGGACUUCUUCCAAGCCUUUGAUCAGUGGGAGACGGAGCUAUGGAAGACGUUGGCGCAGGAAUACGGCAUUGCGGUAGUGGAACAGAAGUCAGCUGACAGUGGGAUUCGCAUGAAGACGGUUGAUCCUGGUACCUCGAGAGCGGCGGUCCUUCGACAGCCUGACGCUGAGCUUGGACGCGUUGUCGAGAACCGUCUGCUGACGGCUCCCGACGCACCAGAGAAGAGGCACAUUGAGUUCAAGCUUCCGGAAUCUAUGACUUACCGUGCUGGAGACUACCUCUCUAUCUUGCCCCACAACCCUGCGCGUGAUGUUCAUAGGGUAAUUUCGCGUUUUUCACUGUCGCCAGAGCAGCAGAUCGUCCUGUCCUCAGAAGGACCUACUUCCCUGCCAGUGGACAAGCCCAUCAGCAUCUUCUCUCUUCUUUCCGGAUACGUCGAGAUCACCCAACCUGCCACUACGCGCGACCUUCGCGACCUCCUCGCCGUCGAGUGUUCCGAUACAACCAAGGCAGUACUGGAGGACCUGUCCGCCUCGUAUGCCGAAAAAGUCAUGACAAGGCGCCUCAGCAUUCUCGACAUCCUCGAAGACCAUCCCGACAUCAAGCUCCCAUUCGGCACCUUCCUCGAGAUGCUCCCGCCCAUGCGUGUCCGCCAGUACUCGAUCUCGUCCUCCCCGCUGCACGAUCCGACCCAGCCGUCGCUCACCGUCAGCGUCGUCGAGGCGCCCGCCCUCUCCGGGCGCAAGGACCCGUUCCUCGGCGUCGCGUCCACCUUCCUUGCGAGCCUCCGCCCAGGGGACAUGGUGCAGCUCGCGGUGCGCGGCUCCUCCGCGGCGUUCCAUCCCCCAGAGGACGUGAGCAUCCCGAUGAUCAUGUUCGCGGCGGGCUCGGGCCUGUCGCCGAUGCGCGGCUUCCUGCAGGAGCGCGCGAUGCAGAAGAAGGCGGGCCGCAACGUCGCGAAGUCGACGCUGUUCUUCGGGUGCCGUUCGCCGGAGGAGGACUUCCUUUACGGCGACUCGGACCUGAAGGAGUGGCAGGAGCUCGGGAUCGUCGAGGUGCGCCCGGCGUUCUCGCGUUGCCCGGAGAAGUCGGAUGGGUGCAAGUACGUGCAAGAUCGUGCUUGGCAAGACCGCACACUUGUCAGGGGAGCAUAUGAUCAUCACAACGCGAGGCUCUUCACUUGCGGUUCCGGCAAGAUGGCACUGGGCGUAAAGAAGGUGCUCACGCAGAUGAUCAAGGAGUCGCGCGACUGUUCAGAUGAGGAGGCCGCGAUGCUCUUCGAAAAGGCCAUUCAAGGUCGCUACGCAACCGAUAUCUUCGAAUAA